GAAUCCAUCUAUUACCAUGGGUACACGACAAGAGAAAAAAUCCGGAGUUUACUUUGGGACAAUUUAAAAAAAAAAAAAAAAAAAAAAAAAAAAAAUGGUUGGUAGAUUAUUCUUUUCCAACUAUCUACUGAAAUAAACAAAAAUGUCUAACCCCAACGGAUGUCGCUCUUGCUACGUGCAAGAAAAUCAAGUGCGUGUAGAGAGCAAUCUCUUUGUCAGCGUCGGUGCCGAUGGCGUGAAGGAGCGCCUUAAGCGUUGGCCAGGCGUCCUUCACGUCUGUAAGGUCGUCGAGGGAAAAUGGGCAUAUGUCCAUUUUAAAUCCCCCGAGGCGGCUUCCGUGAGCUUUCAUACUCGGAACCCACAUACAGACCGUGGUGAGCCGGUGUCCGUCUCUGCCACGUAUAAGAAUGGUGUGCGGGUGGUAUACGCGCAAACGGCACUUAAUUUCGGCCCUGCUCGAGCACCACCACCAGCAACCACACCACCAGCAACCACACCGCCCACACCCACCCACACCACCACCACCACCACCACCACGGGGGGCACCACCACCACCAUCAUCACCACGGGGGGCACCACUACCACCACCACCACCACCACGGGGGGCACCACCACCACCAUCAUCACCACGGGGGGCACCACUACCACCACCACCACCACCACCACGGAGGGCACAACCACCACCACCACCACCACUACCGACUCGCCCCCAAGCCUCUAAGCU